CGACCGUCCCCACCGACCCCUACGAGCUCUUACAUUGGAACAUGGAACUCGCCCACGCGACAUAUGAGAAAGGAUACGAGACUAUCCUUCCUCUACUCGACAGCCCGCCCGAGCGCGACCUGAAGAACUUCUUGGGCUAUUGUGAGGCGUGGGGAGAGUCGAUCGUCCAUCACCAUGAUACAGAGGAAGCAUCCGUCUUUCUCAUCUUAAACAAGAAGAUGGACUUUUCCCAUGAGCAAGAGCAGCACAAAGAGGUCCAUAGCUUCUUGGAUAACUUCCUUGCAAAGAUUAGGAGCGCACAGAAGGACAACUCCAAUUUCAACGCUGCGGAGCUCAAACAGCUCAUGCAGUCAUCAAAAGAAGCGAUGUUCACGCAUUUUAGCGAAGAGCUCGUGCACAUAGAGGCCUCCAAGCUCAGGGAGGCAGGCUUCACGGAGGCCGAAUGUCGCCAGUUGAUCACCGACAUGGAGAAGCAUGCGAAGAAUAACGGCGACCCGUUCCUGGUGGUGCCCUACAUGCGCAGCCAUACGCCGCCUGAGUACAAGGACAUCUGGCCGCCAAUGCCAUGGAUCCUCCGCAAGGUCGCUGUGCCGUACUUACUGGCGAAGAAACACUCGGGAUAUUGGAAGUAUGCUCCGUAUGCCAUGUCUUAGCUCCCAGCAGUGUCUACAUCAUGCUGUCGUCAUGUUGUAGUGAGCGUACCAUUUGCGGAUUUCCCCAGGACGAUGUCGAUGACCAUACCCGUGCAGAAUGACAUAAAAACGGCAUAUAAGUCUGCUACAAAACCUAUGAUUACAGUGCUAUGACUGGUCUGGAUGCAACGCCUUUAGCCGCAGUGAGCAUUACGCUUCAAACAUGACCGCAUACUGCCGUCGCAUACCCUGUCGUGCGGGAUAGGUGAGAUAGAAGGGCACUGAACAUCCCAGAUGGGUCAGAGGAGCGGCGUGCGAGCACCUAUGUCGAUUGACCGCCUCUUACGCAUGAC